AAUCGUCUAUACGUGACGUGACUCAGGCAACAGGUGCGGAGAUGAAAAAGUUCCUCUUUGGCUUUUUACUUCCUUUUUGCAUUCAUGGUUUUAAGCCUUCGUGCAGAAAGGAGGUAAAAGAAAGGCAGAGAUGGCAACGAGUUUUAAAAUUUCUAAUAUCAAGUGCACAGAAUUGCUUAAUAUUGAAAAAAGGGGUACUAUUGAUCCCUUUGUCAUUUUUAAGUACCUUGGUGUUCAAAAGGAAACUGAAAAGAAGAACAAUGAAUUAAACCCAAUCUUUGGAGAGGUGUUUGAAUUUGAUCUUUCUGGUAAAGCUCUUGGACCUGAAGAUUUUCUAGAGGUUACUGUUAAAGAUUUCGAGUAUUUUGCUCGAAAUCGAUUAGUUGGUCAAGCAAGUAUUUCACUUACUCCGUUGUUAAACUCAGGUACAACAAGUGCACAAUUUAGUGCUGCACUACAUGAUUCUAAUGGACGACCAACAAUGGGUAAAAUCACAUUUCAAAUUGACUACAUUGCUCCUGCUGGUACUAAAAGAGCUGCAGGUGGUGGUGGAGAUGACCGACUGAAUGCAGAAGGUGUUCUUGAACACGCUAAUGAUAACGACGAUGAUGAGGAUGCAACUCAUAUGCCUGAUGGCACACCUAUCGUGCCUGGACCAGAGGGAGACGAAAUGCGUAAACAGAGGAAACUCAUGAAACGUAAACGAAGGCAGCAUAACUUAGCAGAUAAACUUACAGAUUUCCAGGUUCGUAUCAAAAUUAUUAAAGGUAGACACCUUCCCGGUGGCAACAUUAAUCCAACUGUAAGAAUUACAGUUGGGGAGGAAGCUAGACAGACACGUGUAAAGCAUUCUUCAAACAAACCACACUUCAACGAAACAUUCUUUUUCAAUUUCAACGAAAGACCCAAUGAUAUGUUUGAUAAACUGAUAAACUUUGAGGUCUUUAAUGCCAAAAGUUUAAUAUCAGAUGCUUUGUUGGGUACAUUUCAUUGUGAUGUUGGUUUUGUUUAUGAUAGAGAUGGUCAUGCAAUCAUCCGAAAGUGGUUGUUAAUGACAGCUCCUGAGGACAAGGACCCCAAAAAAGCGGAAGAUGGACAAGCAAAAGGCUCUGCUUCCCAACCUGGUGGCCCCCCUGCUGGAUAUCUCAAAAUCACAGCAUUUAUCCUAGGGCCUGGGGAUGAAAUUCCUUACAAAGUAAAUAAUGGUGAAAUCAGUGAAGAAGAAGAAGAUAUUGAAUCAAAUCUACUUCGACCAGCUGGGGUUACAUUGAGACCAGCAACAUUUCUUGUCAAGAUCUACAGGGCAGAAGAUCUCCCCCAAAUGGAUACAGCUACAUUCGAAGGUGUCAAAAAGCUAUUCAGUUCUGGUCCUCCGAAAGAUCAUGUGGAUCCUUAUGCAAAAUUUACAUUUGCUGGGCAAAAGGCAAAAACAGACAUCAAGUAUGGCAUCAAUCACCCUGAAUUUAAUCAGGAGCUAAGAGUUUCCUUUAAAUUUCCUUCCAUGUGUGAAAGGCUGAAGUUGCAGUUCUUUGAUUGGGAUAGAGUUGGAAAGGAUGAUUGCAUUGGUACAACAUUCAUUCCAUUGUCAGCAAUAUCUGGCAUGGGUGAUGAUGGAUUUUUACCCUCUUUUGGACCUUGUUUUGUAAAUUUCUAUGGAUCACUACGAGAGUUUUCAAGCUUGCCAGAUGAAUAUGAUGACUUAAAUAAUGGUCGUGGCGAAGGUGUUGCCUAUCGUGGUCGAGCAUUAGUUAAGAUUGAUACUAGAUUUGGUAAUCAUGCUAAAAAACCAGUGCACAAUAUCAUGGCGCAGGAGCUUUUAAAGGUGCAAACAUACAUGCGUCGAAGGAAAUACAAACUCUUUGCCAGCUUUCUAAGUGCAAACAUGAUUGCAGAAUCAGAUGGACCUGUUGAAUUUGAAGUUAGUAUUGGUAAUUAUGGCAACAAGUUGGACAGAACAGUUACGCCUCAAUCAUCCAGCACACCACCUACAAAUCCAGUAUUUGAUGGAGCCAACUAUUAUUACUUGCCAUGGAACGAAACGAAACCUUGCUGUGUUGUGGAAAGCCAUUGGGAAGAUAUAGCAUUUAGGCUUGAACCGAUUAACAUGCUGGAGAAAUUAAUUGAUAAGUUGAUGAAAAAUAUCGAUUCUGUGAAUUUGGCCAUCAAAACUAAAUCUCAACCUGCUGAAAAAGCUGGUCUAUUAAUUGAUUUGUUAGAUCAACUGAUCUCUGACUGCAGAACACCGUUACCUGCUUUUGAUGCCACUUUAAAUGGUGUAAAUGAACUUGACUUGAAGAUGCAAGAGAUUCGCCAGGUUGAAAUGGCUAAUCUUGUAGAUGAAGCUACCACCCUUCGUGAACAAGCAACUGACAUUCAUGAAGCCAUGGAGGUUAUUGAUGGGUAUUUAGGACGAGUAAGAGACCUUUGUAUUGAGCCGCAAAACUCUAUGCCAGAUGUUGUUAUUUCGAUGAUCUCAGGCAGUAAAAGAAUUGCAUGCUUCCGCAUACCUGCUAAUACAAUCUUGUAUUCAAAAAAUUCUGCAGCAAUGGGAAUGAAUUGUGCAAAAUUACAGAAUAUUAUUAUGAAGUAUCCAGGAAAAGAAGAAAAUGAUGUUGAAGAUCAUCCUGUAGUCCCUGCCAUAUUAAGUGGCAUCUUUUGGCUUGGAUUGGAAGCAGACCAGGCUGCUUGGACAGAUACUGACCAAAUGGAAGGAGAGUAUUCCGUUUAUGCUGAAACAUAUGAAAAUCAAAAAAAAUAUUUAUUUGUUGAUUGGACUUCCAAGGGUUGCCCAAGACCAGCAUUCUCUGAUGCAGAAGGAGACAUAAGAUUAAACAAAGAAAGUUUUGUACCACCAAAAGGAUGGAAAUGGGAUGUUCCACCAGAUGGCGAAUGGUUUGUUGAUCCAGAAUUAAGUGCUAACUAUGAUUCUGAUGCAGGGCACAGAGAUUUUGUACAAGAUGCUUUUGAAAACGAAUCCUGUGUACCCGGUGGUAAUUGGGGAACAUCUACAAUUCCUUAUACAAACAUUCAAGGAGAUCAGAUUGAUCAUCGUGAUGAAACAAAACUACCAGAAGGAUGGGUUUGGGUGGAUGAUUGGAGGGUUGAUGUCAACCGUGCUUGUGACGAAGAAGGUUGGGAGUAUUGUGUUGAAGCAACGUUAGGUGGAUGGACUUCUGUGUACAGAUCGUAUCAUUUAUGCCGUAGAAGACGUUUUGUUAGAACAAGACGUCUAGAACAAGAUAUGGAGAAGUUACGCAAGAAGGAGAAGGAUGAUACAAAGUGUGGCGAGGGAUGGGAAUAUGCUCCUGUCUUUGGUAUGAAAUAUCAUUUAAAAAAACGCCAUUUUGAUAUGGUGCGAAGAAGAAGAUGGCAUCGUAAAAUGGUGAAUACCGAACCUGGUGCUCCACCAGUGUUCUCCAUUCAACACGAUAAAGACAAACCACCAGUUCAAUAUAUGCCCCGAAUAUUCCUGGCCUAUGAUAAUCCACAUAAAUGGCAAUUGCGAUCAUAUCUCUACCAAGCUCGAGAUAUCCUUGGUUUGGAUUCAGAAGGUGUUUCAGAUGCCUUUGCCAAAGUUUGCUUUCAGAAUGUCAGUAAAAAUACAAGAGUUGUGAAGGAAACACUUUGCCCUGAUUGGGAUCAGACAUUGUUGUUUGAGGAUAUGUCUUUGUUUGGGUCACCAAAAGUCAUUGCUGAGAACCCUCCAUAUGUGACCAUAGAAUUAUUUGACAAAGAUCGAGUGGGUAAAGAUGAAUAUCUUGGUCGUUGCUUUGUCCAACCUAUGGUGCGGUUAAAUGGAUCAAACCCUCCAGCAGCACGUUUAAUGUGGUACAACGUCAUGAGAGGUGAACGACAGUGUGGCGAGCUUUUAGCUGCAUUUGAGUUGUUUUUAGAUGAGGGUGCAGAUUUACCAUUCCCUCCUCCAAUGAAAGAGAAUCGAUAUGUAGUACCUAAUGGAAUCCGCCCCCUGAUGGUGCGAACAGGCGUUGAGAUUUUAUGUUGGGGAGUAAGAAAUAUGAAGAAGUAUCAACUGGCGAAUUGCACUUCUCCGUCAGCUACUUUCGAAAUCGGUGGACAAGUUAUCAAAUCGGACACAAUCAAAAAUACAAGGAAAAAUCCUAACUUUGUAAAGAAUGUCUUCUUUAUUGACAUGUAUCUACCUAAAGAUCCUUUAUACAUGCCUCCUGUGAACAUUAAAAUUCGUGAUCAUCGUACUUUUGGACGUAAGCCAGUGGUUGGAAGACAUAUUUUAAAAUCAUUAGAUUUCAAUCUUCCACCAAAAGCUGAUCCACCAGCAGAAUCGCUAGUUGAUCCUAUUAGGAAAAAACUUAAAAGAGACGUUACGUUGGACAUAGAAGAGAAACAAAAGAAAAAGGAAAUUGUAGAGGAACAACUUGAUUGGUGGUCAAAGUAUUUUGCAUCGACUGGUGAAACAGCCAAAUGUGGAGACUUUUUUAAAAAAGGACAUCUACCUAUACAGAUCUACCGAAAAGAAUUGGAAGAAGUUAAAGAAUUCGGAGAAUUCGAAGACUUCGUUAAGUCGUUUCCAUUAGAACGAGGAAAAGAAGAUGAUGAAGAAAAUGAUAGUGUGGUUGGAGAGUUUAAGGGCCUCUUCAAAAUCUACCCCUUACCUCCUGACCCUAAUGAGAAAAUCAAGAACAAGUAUUUCUCGAAAGUAAAAGACAGCAAGCCAGUUCCAUGCACUGUUCGAGUUUACAUUAUUCGAGGCAUUGAAUUGCAACCCAAAGACCCUAAUGGAAAAGCAGACCCGUUCAUUGAGGUGGAGUUAGGCGACAAAAAGAUAUCCGAUAAGGAUAAUUACAUCCCUAAUGAAAUCAAUCCAUACUUUGGUGCAUACUUUGAGUUAAAAGCUACAAUACCAUUAUCUAAAGAUUUAAAAAUUAAGGUCAUGGAUUAUGAUCUGUUGACAAGAAAUGACUUGAUUGGGGAGACUGUGAUUGAUCUAGAAAACAGAUAUUUGUCGAAAGCUCGCCCCACCUGUGGUCUACCACCUGCUUACUACACCUCUGGACCAUACCAAUGGCGUGACCAAAAGAGUCCAGUUGAACUUCUUAAUUCAUUGUGCAAGUCCACACCACAGUACCUUAGCCAAACGCAGGUUGUUGUGAAUGGCGAACUGAUUAACCUUGAAUACUUCGAGAAAACACCACCGACCAACCCGCAUUUGGGCCCACCAGACCAAAGACUUGCUUUGCAUGUUCUAAACACACGAGAUUUAACUGGUUCGAAAUUAGUACCAGAACACGUAGAAACUAGGUCACUACGCAACCCAUUGCAACCGAGUAUGGAUCAGGGUCAGCUUGAAAUGUUUGUGGACAUUUUCCCUCUCAGUCAAGGUCAACCUGGACCUCCAUUUAAUAUUAAACCACGUAAACCGAAAGAUUAUCAUCUUCGUUGUAUCAUUUGGAACACAGCAGAUGUCCCACCAAGCGAUACCUCGUUUAAUGGCGAAAAAAUGAGUGAUCUUUACGUAAAAGGUUGGAUGGAAGGCGGCGAGGAUGACAAAGAAAAGACUGAUGUGCACUAUCGCUCCAUGGGCGGUGAGGGCAUGUUUAACUGGAGAAUGUGCUUCCCAUUUAAAUACAUGCCUGAAGAGAAAGUUAUGAUAGUGGACAAAAAGGAGCAUUUUUGGAGUUUGGAUACCACAAGACAGCUAUUGCCUCCAAAAAUUAACAUUCAAGUUUGGGACAAUGAUCUUUUCUCCGCCAACGACUUUAUUGGUAACCUUGAACUGGAUCUGAGCAAAUUACCACGACCAAAGAAACAGGCGAAUAAAUGCAAUUUAGCAAUGUUGGAAGACAACGCUGAUACUAUGGAUUUGUUUAUCGCCAAAUCGGUCAAAGGAUGGUGGAUGAUGGCUGAAGAGAACGAAGAUGGCACCAUGAAGAAAAAAGGUAAGAUAGAAAUGACACUUGAAAUUGUAUCUGAUCAAGAAGCAGAAGAGAAACCAGCUGGUCAAGGGCGGGAGGAACCAAACAUGAAUCCUAAGUUGGAGGAACCAGAUCGUCCGAAAACUUCAUUCUUGUGGUUCACAUCACCAUGGAAGACAUUGAAAUACGUCAUUUGGAGAAAUUAUAGGUGGUUCAUCAUUGGUUUCCUCAUCUUCCUGCUCUUGCUAGUGUUCAUAGUGCUCUUCAUGUAUAGCGUACCUGGAAAUCUUGUCAGAAGGAUAUUUGGAACCUAAAUUCUCACAGGUUGAAAGAAUGUGUGAUCGGACUUUUAUGUGGACACAAUAAACGAAUAUUGCAAUUUACUUUUGGGUUUUUGUUACAGUUAUGAAUCUCAUGUUACACAUUUUUCCGCGUAGUAAACACGCCUAGAAAAUCUCUUUUUUGUGCAGACGAAAUCCUUUUCUUUAAAACAAUUCGUCUGAAGUAGUAAGACCGAUUUGUUGGACGUGGAUUAGAUAUUUUUUGUUCUAUGCAUAUGACAGGUAAUGAUUUAUUUUGUAAUGUUUUAAAGUUAUACACGGCAUUAAACACUGAGAGUAUGAAAGUAUGGAAGUUUCAUCCUAAAUUACUUUAAUCGAAACCAGUGUGUUGCUGGCGUGUGUAUCGAAAAGCAAUUUUUUUGUAUAUCGUUGGUAAAUUUUUGUAGUUUUUUAUGGAGAGUUUCUGUAUUUGUUUAAUAUUUAUAGUUUAUUUAUAUUUUUUAAUUUUCCACGAUCAUUCGUAUAUUUAUUAAUUUUCCAUGAUACUUUUGUAUAUUAUUAAUUUUCCAUGGUAGUUUUGAUGAAAGGAUAAAAGGUUACAAAAAAAAUGUUAUUUGUUACACAGCCUGCAUUGCUUCCUUUGUGAUGGUUUUGUGGUUAGCUCGGAUAUUUCAUGUGUUGGUGCAGAUGCAAUUCCCACUUACUCUUGCUCGAUGUGGUGUGAACAAAUCCCUACAACGUAUUAGAUUAACCGUAAAGGGCCCUGUACGGCAGACCAGGAAGUUACAGAUUCGCGUAGAAUGCAACAACGUUAAAAAUGAAGAACAGGAAAAUCCAGUCAUACUCUAGGCAAUAACGCUAAAUUCCCCAAUGCUUGGAAGUGGUCGAAAUUUUUUGCGAAAAAUAAU